AUGGAAUAUGCUUUGCUAUUUCCCGUCCUAGUGGCGGCACUAUUGCUGUUCCUGGCAGCUCGUAUAAUAGUCCACCGUCUUUAUACCCACCCUCUAGCGGCAUUCCCAGGCCCCAAGCUUGCAGCUGGGACAUUUCUCUACGAAUUUUACUACGACGUCGUCAAAAAUGGAUUAUACAUCUGGGAAAUUGAGCGCAUGCACAAGAAAUACGGCCCAAUCGUACGCAUCAACCCCAGAGAACUCCACAUUAAGGACCCAUACUUCUACGAAGAGAUCCACGCCGGACCAUCUAAGAAACGCGCCAGAGAUCCCAAAUAUGCCGUUGCCUUUGCAGCACCAUACUCACUCGUCGGUACAAUCAGCCACGAGCACCACAGACUACGACGCAGCUUUGUGAACAAUUUCUUCUCAAAGCGAUCCGUCACAAAUCUAACGCCCAUAAUCCACGAGAAAGUCGACAAGCUCAUCCAACGAUUCGAAACCGCCUACGCGAAUUCGGCCGUGCUCACUUUACAACUUGAUUUCGCUGCUCUCACGGCAGACGUUAUCACUCACUACUGCUAUGGCUGGGCACGCGGGUACCUCGACAACGCGGAUAGCUCGAGGAACAAUGAUCUCGUUGACGCCGUGAACGGACUCAUGAUUAUGUUUCAUAUUAACCGCUUUUUCCCGUUUCUUAGCAAGGUCUUGCUUGCUGCGCCGCCGGGUUUGGUCCGCUGGCUGCAGCCUUGUAUGGCGGAUCUAUUUGAUAUGAAAGCACGCUUGCGGCAGCAGGCCAAAGAUACUCUCGAGAAGAAGAAUAAUAUGCAUGAGGCAAAUUUGAAGGGAAAGGGUCAUAUUUUUGAUGCGUUGACUGGGCCUGAGGUACCGGAUGCCGAAAAGACACUUGAUCGAUUAGAGGAUGAGGGGGCAUUGCUUCUCGGUGCUGGGACGGAGACUACGGCGAGAGCCAUUGCCGUUUCGAUCUUCCAUGUCAUGAGUAAUGAAGAAGUUGGGAGGAAAUUACUCGGUGAAUUGAAGACUGUCCUGGAGACGCCUGUUUCGAAGGCUUCGUGGCUAGAGCUCGAGCAGCUGCCUUAUUUGACGGGAGUGGUUAAUGAAGGACUACGCCUGAGCCACGGUAUGACAUCAAGACUAGGUCGAAUUUCGACGAAAGUACCUAUUCCUUACAAAAAUUGGAUUAUUCCAGCGGGAACCCCAAUUAGCCAAUCCAACUACUUCGUGCACAUGGAUAAGACCCUUUUCCCUGAUCCACACAAGUUCGACCCCGAGCGUUGGGUGCGGGCCGCAAAGAAUGGUGAUAAUUUAGGAAGAUUCAUUGUGUCUUUCACCAAAGGCAGCAGACAGUGCCUGGGAAUGAACCUUGCUUACGCAGAGAUAUUCCUUACCCUGGCUCAUGUUGUACGUCGCUUCGAAUUUGAGCCGUAUGAAACUACUGUGGAGAAUAUCUGUGUCUACCGCGACUUGGGUAUUGGGUGUCCCAAAAAGGGCCUGUUUGACGUUAAGGCCAAGGUGAAAGCCAUCAUAAGAACUUAG